ACACUCCACUCCACUCCACGGCUCCACUAUCAGCAGCAUUCAUCACUCGUCUCCAGCUACAACCCAAAGACCGUUCCUCGAACGCCGUGCCCCACUACAACCCUUCUCUCUUUUAAAAACCACAGACGCCCAGACAACCCAACCGCACGCCAAAAAGCCUAGCCUACAACACCGACUCCGACGACCACCACACCACGACGAGCGCAAAGCAAGCAGGGCACGGCACGGCCAUGCCCGUGGCGCAAUCCUAGGCGUCCAUUUCGUAUUCCACGGCCCGCGAAGCAGCAGCCAGCAGCCAGCAGCUAUGGUGGCCGGCCGCGUCAAGGCGGCCAUGGGCUUCCAGCGGAGCCCGGCCACGCCCAAGCCCGGGGCCGCCGCCUCCUCCACCUCCACUUCCUCCGCGCGCAAGGCGCCAGCGCCGGCGCCGCUGCAGCUGCCCUCGGCGGGGCAGCCGGAGACCCCACGCCGGCGGUCCUCCGGCUCGCCAGCGCCGCCGCCCGGGUCGGGGUCCAAGGGCGGCGGCGGCGGGCCAUUCUCGCGCUACUUCCCGCGCUCGUCCGCGCAGGUGCAGCCGGCGCGCGCGGCGCCGGGGCCGCCCGAGCCGCCGCCGGGCCCCGCCGCCGUCGCCGACCUCGCCCGCCUCGUCGAGGAGCUCCGGGAGCGGGAGUCCCGCCUCCGCACCGAGCUGCUGGAGCACAAGAUCCUCAAGGAGACCGUCGCCAUCGUGCCGUUCCUCGAGACCGAGCUCGCCGCCAAGAGCAGCGACCUCGGCCGAUGCCGCGACGCGCUGGCGCGGCUCCAGGCCGAGAACGCGCGCCUCCGCGCUGAGCUCGACGUCGCUGUCGACGCCGCCAGGAGCAGCCAGCAGCGGGUGGUUGAGUUGGAGAAGGAGGUGGCGGAGGUCAAGAGGCGCCGUGGCCCGGUCCCCGACCGCGAGCCCGACCAUGAUGAUGACUGCUCGUCGUCGGUGUCGUCGGACAACUCCGACCGCUCUAAUGCGGCGACCAACGCGAUCGUAGCUGGGCUGUCGAUUGUCCCUCCUCCUGCGCCUCCUCCUCCUCCGCCGCCGCCGCCGCCAAUGCCGGCGCCUCACAAGUCCAGGUCGUCCUACUUCUCCGGCUCGUCGCGCGCCUCGCCGGCGAACUCCUCGUCCAGCUCCUCCUCGUCCGCGCCAUCGACGCCGACCUACUCUUCCGACACCGCGGUGUCAAGAAGCCGCGUGCCGGAGCUCUCCAAGCUCCCGCCGAUACCGGCCCCACCCCCGCCUCCACCUCCUCCACCACCGCCGACAAUGCCGGCGCGCGGACGCCGCAGCGCGAGCUCGUCACCGUCGACCUCGAGCAGCAGCAGCGGCGGCGGAAGCGGAGGGGCGGGGCCUCCUGCACCGCCGCCGCCACCUCCACCGGCGGCGAAAAGGAGCUCCAAAGCGUCGUCCCCUGCGACUUCGGCGACGGCCCCGGCGCCCGCCCCGUGCGUCAGGCGAGUCCCCGAGGUGGUGGAGUUCUACCACUCGCUGAUGCGGAGGGACUCCAGGUCUAGGGACGGCUCCGGUGCAGGCGAAGCUGGCUCCGGUGGGGGUGCCGCCGCCGCGAGGGACAUGAUCGGCGAGAUCGAGAACCGCUCUUCUCAUCUUCUCGCGAUCAAAUCGGACGUGGAGAGGCAGGGCGACUUCAUCCGGUUCCUGAUCAAGGAGGUGCAGAGCGCCGCGUUCGUCGACAUUGAGGACGUGGUCACCUUCGUCAAGUGGCUCGACGUCGAGCUCUCACGUCUGGUGGACGAGAGGGCGGUGCUGAAGCACUUCGACUGGCCGGAGGGGAAGGCAGAUGCGCUGCGUGAGGCCGCGUUCGGCUACCGUGACUUGAAGAAGAUUGAGUCGGAGGCGUCAUCGUUCUGUGAUGACCCCCGGCAGCCCUGCUCUUCUGCUCUCAAGAAGAUGCAGGCCCUCUUCGAGAAGUUGGAGCAUGGAGUGUACAGCCUUGUCCGUGUGCGAGAUGGCGCGAUGAGCCGAUACCGUGGGUAUCAGAUCCCAUGGGAGUGGAUGCAGGAUACCGGAAUUGUUAGUCAGAUCAAAUUACAAUCAGUGAAGCUGGCAAUGAAGUAUCUGAGAAGGGUUUCCUCAGAGCUUGAGGCCAUACAAGUUGGCCCUGACGAAGAGGAGCUGGUGCUUCAAGGAGUUCGAUUUGCCUUCAGAGUGCACCAGUUUGCAGGCGGUUUCGAUGGUGAUACAAUGCGCGCCUUUCAGGAGUUGAAGGAGAAGGCGUCAACGUUCCAGCAACGGGGAAGCCAAAAUCAACAUCUGCAACAGCCAAGGCUCGCUGGCAGAAGUUGAAACACAUGUAUUUAUAGCAGUCCAUUACUAUAGGUUAGUGGAAGCGUCUAUUUACUUGGCCAAAUGCUCCACUAUAUUUUUUUUCCCUGUCAAGAAGCUAUAUCUCACAUCCUCAGUCAACUUGUUGAGUGCCAUGAAUGUUGUUCCUGUGUAGUGGCUUACAGCCGAAUUCUUUAUUUUUAUUUUUAAUAUAUAAGAGCAUGUAGGAGGUCUCA